AUGAGUUCUUAAGAAAGCGAUUCAGAAUAUUAAGAGUUUGUUACCACAUUUUACCAUUUGGUGCAAGAUAUAAAUGAAUAUUGUGCUACAAAAUCAAAAGAAGGUAGAACUGCUAGAUUUCUUAAAUAAGCAAAAGCGCGAAGAAAAGUAAAUCAAGUCAUCUUUCGAAUGCCGGAAAAUCCAGAUCAAAAUGUUUCAGAAAUCAUCUCUUACAAUAAAAAUUAGGCAGAGAAAUUAGUUAAACCUAUGAGACAUCAAACGAAAAAUUUAGAAAAUUCACAAGUAGAACCUUAUAUCUCCAAUGUCCAUUUAAUUCUCAGGUAAAUCUAAAUUUAGUAUUCGAGGGAUCUCAAACUGAAAUAGCAAAUACUUCGAAAUGCGUAGAAAUAAGUGUAUUUGAAUUUGAUUGAAUAAUAUAAAUAAAAGUCAAAGAAAUCACAACCUAGAAAUUGUUGUUUGCAUAUAUACUUAGCUGAGAAAAUUUACUAAGAAAAAAUGAAAGAAACAGCCACAUGCUUAAAAUUCCAUGAAGGCCCUAAAAUUGUUAUUCCUCUAUUCAAGAAUACAGCAUAAACAAGAAAGGGAAGCAUGGAAUGA